UUGUAUUUGUAUCGUUGACUUUAAACGCCGAUGACAGCCCAGUAUGGAGACAGUUCUGGCCAAGUAUGAAAACCAGAUCAACGUGUUUUCAGACUAUUUGGAAGAACUGCCGGACUCAGAUGAACCAGUGUGGAUACUAGGGGAGCGUUACAAUAUUAAAACAGAGAAAUCUGAGCUGCUUUCAGAUGUGCGCUCACGCCUGUGGUUUACAUACAGAAAGAAAUUUUCUCCUAUAGGUGGUACAGGGCCCUGCUCAGAUGCUGGCUGGGGCUGUAUGCUGCGCUGCGGACAGAUGAUCCUGGGGCAGGCUCUGGUCUGCAGUCACCUGGGAAGAGAAUGGAGAUGGGUGUCAGAGGGAGAGAGGCCCACAGAGUACCACCGAAUCCUGGACUGUUUUUUAGAUAAGAAAGAUAGCUGUUACUCAAUCCACCAAAUGGCUCAGAUGGGAGUUGGUGAAGGGAAAUCUGUUGGAGAGUGGUAUGGUCCAAACACUGUGGCCCAAGUGCUGAGGAAACUUGCUUUGUUUGACGAGUGGAACUCUCUGGCUGUAUAUGUGGCAAUGGACAAUACUGUGGUGAUUGAAGACAUAAAGAAGCAGUGUCAGCAGGCAGACCGUGAGAGCAGGCAGAGUCGCCCGAGUGCUUCAGGAGAGUCGACGGAGCAUGGCUGCUCGUCCAGACCCUUGGCCUGGCCCUUCCCCCAGCCCAACGCCCAGGAGCCAUCCUCACGCUGGAGGCCCCUGCUGCUGGUCAUCCCCCUACGGAUGGGCAUCAACAGCAUCAACCCCGUCUACAUCCAAGCCCUCAAGGAGUGUUUCAAAAUGCCGCAGUCAUGUGGUGUACUGGGGGGGAAGCCCAACCUGGCGUAUUACUUCAUUGGAUACAUAGGAGAUGAACUCAUUUAUUUAGAUCCCCAUAACACACAACCAGCCGUUGACUCGGAAUCAGGCACUUUAGUAGACGACCAGAGUUACCACUGUCAGAGAACCCCUCACAUGAAGAUCACCAGCUUGGAUCCAUCUGUGGCAUUGGGAUUUUUCUGUAAGAGUGAAGAGGACUUUGAUAGCUGGUGUAACCUUAUCCAACAGGAAAUUCUGAAGAAGAGGAAUCUGCGGAUGUUUGAGCUAGUGGACAAACACCCUUCUCACUGGCCACCGUUUGUCCCACCCACCAAACCAGAAGUUCAGACCACUGGAGCAGAGUUCAUUGAGUCCACAGACCAGCUGUUUGAGUCGGAGGAGGAGUUUGAGAUCCUGAAUGUGUGAUGUGGCGUCCAUCUCCUUGCCCUGUCCACCUGAUGACCACGGAGCUUCUGUUGAGACCCCCCCCCCAAUCCCACCUACCCAGCAGCCCCCCCCUCUUCCUCCCCCAAAGCUCCUUACUGUGCUCUACAAGUGCCUCAGAACAACUUCAACAUCAAGCACAAAGUGAUUACCAUUACGCAAAAAAAAAAACAAGAAAAACGAUGUAUACACAUACACACAGAAAAAUAUACUAACAAAACAAAAAGACUACAACAGCGAACCACAGCAAAAGACAAUUUCAGAAGUAUUGAUGUUUGGAAGUACAGGAGAACCUGGGCAAAGAUGGAGUGGAGAUACUGAAUGAUGUAUAUUCACAGUGUAUAGGGUUUGUACAGCUUGCGCUCUCUUUUUUGCUGUUGUACUUGUAUACAGGGAAAAGCAAAGGAUCAGGGUGUCCCUCUUCCCUCCAUGUUAUCCUCCUCUCUAUGAGCUCUGUGUACAAGUGUUUUACCUUAAUCUUUUUUAAUUCUCAAACAAAACAAAGACAACUGCAAACUGUUCAGUUGCAUGAACUACAGUGUACUGUAAUAACCGUGUGACCCGGAGUCAUACAAACCAUCUUCCCUGAUUCUCGGGGGAAGAAGAGGACUUAUGUGAGGACUGCUGCAAGGACUGUUUCUUUUGGAGAAGCUUUCAUCUUGAAUCAGACACACACACACACACACACACACACACAUUCACAUUCUCUUCCUCCUGAUAUCAGGAGACAGCGCAUAUGCAGCGUGUGUUUUUUUCCUCAGUAUUAAAUAAUCACAUACACAAAAGCAGACAUUCACAACAAUGAAACAAACUGUACAUGAAAAGUGCCUCACUAUUAAUAUUUAUGGUCUUGAAUGGUUUUGGCAUGGAUGCUCGGUCCCUGCCACUUGGUUACUGGAACGGGUAAUGUAGUGCACACCCCACACUCAUGUAUAUACACCUGACAAUAAAGAUAUUUAAAUCCCCUUCA